AUGGCUUCGACAUUUCACGAAAAUAAGUUCCUCGAGGACGGCGAGUUGCCAAAUUCAAUCCCAUUGAAAGACCAAGAUCAUCUACGGGAAACACACAUUUCAAAAGAUGUCGAGAAAUGCAACUGUAUAGCAGCAAACGGUGAAAAAGAAGAAGAAGAAGAAGAAUCGGUCACCUGGGAUGGGGAAGACGAUCCGAACAACCCAUACAACUGGCCAAACUCCCGCAAAUACACCAUGACUGCACUCAUGUCCCUUGGCGGACUCGUAUCAACAUCAUCAACAAGUAUGAUGGCCCCGGCAUUGUCCCAAAUCAGCAAAGAUCUGGUGAUCAGCGAUUCAGAGACGCAGUUGACGUUGUCGAUUUAUCUACUGGCAUUUGUAUUCGGCCCAAUGAUUAUCGGACCUCUCUCUGAACUAUAUGGGAGAAAGAAGUUGUGGAUUCUCUGUCAUUGCUGGUACAUUAUUUGGAAUGCACUUGCUCCUGUUGGGAAUUCGAGUGGAAUGAUGGUAGCUGGCCGCUUCUUAUCUGGCUUUGGUGGAAGUGUCUCGAUAUCGAUAGCAGGACCCACAAUGGCAGAUAUGUUCAAAGCCGACCAGCGAGGAAAGUCGUACGCGCUCGUUACAUUCGCACCUUAUCUCGGAGCUGCAAUUGGACCUCUAGUUGGCGGGGGACUGACCCAGGCAGCAGGAUGGCCAUGGUUAUUCUGGGUGGUCUCAAUUUUUGACACCGUACUCACCACGAUUUUCACCAUUCUCGCGCGAGAACCGUACGCACCUGUUCUCCUCGCCAGAAAGUCAAAACAACUCCGAAGGUCAACAGGCCGAGACUACCGUACGAAAUUCGAGCGCAGUCAUCCCAAAAUCGGCCAGAAGCUGAGAGUGAGCAUGAUGCGGCCUGUCAAGCUCUUCUUCACUAGUCCUACUAUUCUCAUCCUCGGUCUUCUCACUUCGUACAGCUUCGCCGUCUAUAUCAUCGCCCUGACGACAUUCUCGACGAUGUGGCAGGAGGAGUACGGAUUAUCGAAGACUGAAAGCAGUUUGCACUACAUCGCCAUAGCUAUUGGUUCGACAAUUGGCUCUCAGGUCACUGGUCCCCUCAUUGACAUCGUUUGGGCCCAACUCAAGAAGAAAAACAACGGUGCAACAGCCCCAGAAUACCGCGUCCCCAUGAUGAUACCGGGAAUCGUGCUGAUGCCUUUUGGUCUUUUAUUGUACGGAUGGGGCGUAGAGAAACAUCUGCACUGGAUUCUCGUUGACUUUGGAGCCGCCCUGAUGAGCGGCGGCAUGAUGUCUUCCAGCAGUGCGAUGUUUGCAUAUCUUAUCGAUGAGUUCGCGCUACACUCUGCGAGCUCUAAUGCUGCUUGCAGAAUCCUGUCGAACAUUUUCGCUUUUGGAUUUCCGAUUUUUGCACCAAGUCUAUAUGGGAAGUUGGGGUAUGGGUGGGGUAACAGCAUGUUGGCGUUUCUGUAUAUCGGGUUGGCAUUUCCAGCUCCUUGGAUAAUGUGGAGGUGGGGCGCGAAGAUAAGAGCUAUUGGAAGACCGCAGUGA